AUGGAACAAGGGUUCGAGUUCCGCCGUGACCUCGAGCAGCUCGUCCAUGACGGCGUCUUAUCGUCUUGUCGUAAGGCUCAGCGUAUUCGUUUUCGUCCAGGCGUUUUAUCUCUUUCUUCGUCUGAACCUGCAGACGUUCAAUGGCAAGAACGGAGUAAAAAGAAGCUGGCAAAAGUGCUGCGUUCAUUAUGUGACGACUAUGGAACGUCUCGGACGUUAAGUAGAGAAGCGCUUUUGUAUACGAAUUCAUUGGAGGACGCAUUGAGUUUCUUGGUGUUGCAACACACGAGUGACGAAUUGCCAUUGACGUUGCGGGCACAGCCGACGCAGGUACCGAGUGCUCAAGAAGAGACGGACAAGGAAUAUGGCGAGUUAGUGGCGACAGUAAAUGCUGUUAUAAAGGGGACAGAUGAAGUAGGACAGAAGGAAAAGAAGAAGGAGACAAAACCAGUGGGACAAAAGGAGACAAAAGACGUGGGACAGAAGGAGAAGGAGACAAAAGACGUGAGACAAAAGGAGACAAAAGACGUGGGACAGAAGGAAAAACAGACGAAAGCGUUGUCGUGGACACAACAAUAUGUGCUGAAUAUGGCAGUACGAGAGGAAGAGCUCGCUCGACAAGAAGCACAAGUGACACCCGAGAUGAAAGAAGUGACAGAGCUCGAGAGACGGUACCAUGAGCUAGUAGCGGCCUUGAAUCGUUUAAAAGAACGGAAGAAUAAGAAGAAACCAAAGAGUGGCGACAAGCAAAAGACACGUGAACUGAAUGAUAAAGUGCUGGAUACUCGACGACAAUUAGUAGCUCGUGGAUGGAGAGAUUUAAUGCAACAGGAGAAAGACAUGAAGAAGAACGAUACGAUGAUGGAAAAGAUGGAAAAGAUAGAAAAGAAGGCAGAGGUUGCUGACGAGAGAGAUGAUUUGGUUACGGAAAAGACAGAGACAUUGUCUUUGUUGAAUCUGGUGAUAGAAGAUGCUGAUAGUGAAUUGAUGGCAUUAGCUCAUGGAACAACGGAAGAGAAAGAAGAGGUACAGGAGAAGGAGAAUGUAGUGAAGGAGCAUUUUUGUCCUGUUGUUCAAGCGCAAGAUAACGAGAAUGACGGUGACGGCGGCUUGUUUGGGCUCUUAGAGGAGGCUGAAUUUACUGUGGUAAGUGCUGAGGAGAUUAAGAAAAGUGCAGCAGUCGACACGGCAGCAAUUAUUGCGAUCCAGGCAGCGGCUGACCUUGCAGUGUCAAAGGGUAAGAAGGGCAAAGGAAGCAAAAACAAGAAAGGUCGCAAUAUGCUGAAGGUCCAAGCGGCGGCGGCUCAAGCUGCUCAGGCUCAAGCUGUGGUGGCGGUGCCAUGGACUGGAAAGUUGCCACGCGAUCAUUUGGAACAGCACUGCCGAAAAAAUGGGCUACAAAAACCGCAAUACAAGAAGUUGCCCCGUCCACCAGGCGGAGGACACUUGUAUUCUGUAAUUCUAGGCAACAAAAAUUGUGGAAAAGAAGAGAUCACUGUGAGAGAUGCUCGUGAUGCAGCUCAGGGUUUUGAUUCCAUUGCAGAUGCAAAGGAUGCCGUAUCUACAAGUGCAUUAUUUGAGCUAGUACCGGAUCUGCCACUAUAUCGAGUGCUGCCUCGAUUGUACCGUGACAUGUGGCAGCAGUGGACAAAGGAGCUUCAACAAAGUGAGGCAGCAGCGGCAGCCGCUGAUCGGGAUGAACACGACGAAUUCCUAACCGAAAUCUAUAACGCUGUUCCCAAGGAGAUUGCUGAAAAGUUGGCAGUCGUAGAGGUAGCAGAACCAGCUCUAAAGCACCCGUCUCGCAGUCUAAAGAAGGACGCUGAAGUUUGUGGCAGUACUUUGAAGGAUUGGAGUGUCGAUGACUGGGAAGCCGACUUAUCUGAUGAGGAGAAUGCAAAUGCAAACGAGUCUACAUGUGAUGAUGUUACGGCGUCUAUGGAAAUAGAAGAAGAAAGUGAAAGUGACCGAAGUGCCGCAUCGAAGCUGUCUUGCCAACUACGAGCGCAGUUGCAGAAACAAAUGCGCUCAAGCGGGUACCGGUUCAAACUGAAGCAACGUGAGUCUCUGCCCAUUGCAUCGUUCAAGAAGCAAAUUGUCGAGAUGCUUUCCGACCGUGAUGUGAUCCUAAUAUCCGGCGAAACUGGUUGUGGUAAAAGUACCCAGGUACCGCAGUUCUUGCUCGAGGACCUACUACUUUCUGAAGCAGGAGGCGCUCGCGGUCAAAUUGUGUGUACUCAGCCUCGCCGACUUGCUGCUAUUAGUCUGGCCGAACGAGUGUCUGAAGAGCUGGGUGAGUCAAACAUGGGUACAGGUGACUCACUUACAGGCUUUCAAAUCCGUCUUGAGACGCGCAUGACUUGUCGUACACGUCUACUCUUUUGCACCACUGGUAUCUUGCUGCGCAAAAUGCAGGACCCACGCACGUUAGGCAAGGAGGUAAGCCAUGUGAUUGUAGAUGAAGUGCAUGAACGCGACCUCCAGAGCGACGUGCUGCUGGUCAUGCUGCGUCAGUUCCUAGCAAAAGGCAACGCGGCAAGGCGCCGACAGUUUGGAGGCACGUUGCCACCGCUAAAAGUAAUUCUUAUGAGUGCUACGCUCAACGCUGCAAGCUUCCAGGAGUACUUUGGUGGAGCCACGGUAUGCCCGAUGAUUGAAGUGCCUGGUCGAACCUUCCCCGUGGAGCAGUUUUAUCUUGAAGAUGUGCUUGAAAAGACCCAGUUUGUUGUGGAUGAGGAGUCCCCCGCUUACGUGCCAGUCUAUGAUAGCAGCUCGGACAGGCAGUCGACGCAAGUUACUAUCUCAGGCCGCGGGGGUACGUCCCACACACAGCAGAUCUCAUGGACCACAACUUCCUUUUCCAAGAUGACAGCAAAGGAUCCACAAAAGUUGCUAGCUGAAAAGUACAGUGCGUCAACGCUGCUUGCUUUAGAGCGCAUCGAUCCUUCAGUUGUCAAUUACGAGCUCAUUCAAGCACUUUUGGAGCAUAUCACUACGGAAACGGAUUUAUUGUCAUUGUCGGGAGAAGAUGCUCAACGGAAGGGGAAAAGUGCGUCGGUGCUCGUGUUUCUUCCAGGUCUUCAGGAAAUCACUACAUUACUGGAUAUUCUUGAAGGCAGCCGACUACUACGUCAUGAUCAGCAUGGUCGCGAAUUUGAGUUUCUGCCGCUUCACUCAUCACUUUCAGCACAGGAUCAGCAACUUAUCUUUCGUCAGCGCCCAGGUGUUGUUCGGGUAAUCGCAGCAACUAACAUUGCAGAAACAUCAUUGACAAUUGAUGACGUUAAGGUUGUGAUUGAUACUGGACGCGUGAAGCAAAUGAGCCAUGAUGCCCAGCGCCGUACAAAUAUGCUUGAUGAGAUUUGGGUAGCGCGUGCUAAUGCUAAGCAGCGUGCUGGUCGUGCAGGUCGCACUAGUGGCGGCACGUGUUUUCGUCUUUUCCCGCAGUCGGUGUUUUAUUCCGUCAUGCUCGAGCAACCCGUGCCUGAGAUCCGGCGUGCACCAUUAACAUCGCUCUGUUUACAGAUAAAGACGUUCGGUGUGGGAGAAAAUGAUCAGAAGGAAAGUUGUGGCGAGUUCCUCCGAACAUGCUUAGACCCACCUGAUGAUGCCAGUAUUUGUGAUGCGCUGGAGGAACUUUUUGAAAUUGGUGCACUGAACCGCGAGAACGAAGAACUUACAACAUUAGGUGCACACUUGGCUAGACUUCCAGUCGAUGUAAAAGUAGGUAAACUACUUCUCCUUGGAGCGCUUUUCGGAGUCUUCGAUACUGCAAGUACCUGUGCCGCUGUGCUGGAGACGAAAUCACCUUUUGUCGCUCCGUUCGGUCGACAAACCGAAAUGAAGCAGGCUCGUCAGAAAUUUGCUGUUGGUGCCAGUGAUUUGCUCACAGAUGUGAACGCUUUCGAUGCCUGGCGCUACGUUGUUCAACAUAGCAAAACUAGCGGAGUGACCGAGAAGAGCUUUUGCCACGACAAUUUUCUAAGCCACCGAGCGUUGCGUGAGCUGAGCAAGCUCAAACGUCAGUUUCGAUGGCUUGUGGCACAGCUUGGUUUCUUGCCGCCAUCUGAUCCUGCAGAAGAUGAGCGGAUGACACUCCAGCAGUUGGCGACGAUAUCAGCUGUCCUCUAUGCUGGUCUAGCCCCCAAUCUGGUCCAUGCCGAGCCGCCGAUGGCGCAUGGUCCAAAGCGUGCAGUAUUACGCGAACGUGACCACUCCAUUGUUGUAGUGCAUCCAGGCUCGGUCAACUACAAAGUGGCUGCUUUCCAUGCAAGCAACUUUCUCACAUAUGCAGUAAAGCUGCACACGUCGCAGGUGUAUCUUCCGUCGUCCAGCCUUGUGCUACCCUUGGCCAUUUGUCUGUUUAGUCAUGGAUUAGAGCUACUCCCACAACUGCGGCGAAAGGACAAGGAUGGCAAUGAGACAAUUGCCUUGCGGGUGAAUGACUGGGUAGUAUUUCACACAUCCUUCCGCUCGUCUGUUUUGUUGCAGGAAUUGCGCGAUGCGGUUCUCCAACUCGUUGAUGUCAGCCUUCAAGCACCACCGUAUGCACGCGGUGCCAAUGUUGAAUCGAAGGUGAAGAAAAGAGAGCGGGAGGAACUAGUUGACGUGUUGCGCGUGCUCUUCCUCGCUGAAUACGAAGAGCGUGACCCGAACAAAUGCUUGUCUAGCCACUUGUGCGCUAGACAGCAUAAAUAG